GGCUGAGGUUCCAGUGUCGGUGAGAGAGCAUGGCUCGUACCAAGCAAACGGCUCGCAAGUCGACCGGCGGGAAGGCGCCCCGCAAGCAGCUGGCCACCAAGGCGGCGCGGAAGAGCGCUCCGGCCACGGGCGGCGUGAAGAAGCCUCACCGCUACCGGCCGGGGACCGUGGCCCUCCGCGAGAUCCGCCGCUACCAGAAGUCGACGGAGCUGCUGAUCCGCAAGCUGCCCUUCCAGCGGCUGGUGCGGGAGAUCGCGCAGGACUUCAAGACCGACCUGCGCUUCCAGAGCUCGGCCGUCAUGGCCCUGCAGGAGGCGAGCGAGGCUUACCUGGUGGGGCUCUUCGAGGACACCAACCUGUGCGCCAUCCACGCCAAGCGCGUCACCAUCAUGCCCAAGGACAUCCAGCUGGCCCGGCGCAUCCGCGGGGAGAGGGCGUAAAAAAGACCCGCCGAGGCUCACCCCAGGCCCGCUGACCAAACCCCCCAAAGGCUCUUUUAAGAGCCACCACCUCUUCCCUAAAAGGAGCUGAGACCCACAAUAUCUAGCGGGGAAUAAUCGGUAGGAACAUUAGGUUGAGAUCUGUAAUACACGUAGUAAUACGGUGGUUCUGAACCCUUAAGGUUGAUUAUGAUUUCCAGCCCAUUUCACAGAAUCUCGUUCCAGUUUAGUCCUCUAGUAUCAUUUUUGUGAUACAAGGCCCAAACUAGGCAUCUUUUUUGAGCCAGGGGUUCUAGCCCAAAAGUGCCUAAAAUCUAGGGAUUUCACCCACAUCCGCCUUUUAUUUGUAGGAAGUUAGCACCCACCCCUUUCCUGGAAGAGUGAAAUAUUUUAGGAAAUAUGAAAAGCAGAAUAUUAUCAGACAGCCGACAUACUAACAAAACCUUUACAAAACAAACAGCAUGCAAACCUAACAUCCAAACUGGGUAUUCUUUCAUAGGUAACUUCUUGUGCGUACGUAACCUAUAGUCACCCAGGUCAGGCAUUUAAAGGGGGUUUUGUCACAUAUAAAUACCUGAUCUCAUGCCCAGGCCAGGAGGCAGGGGGCUGGUGAGAUCGAUCCCCAGGAUCCACCCUAACCCAUUGACCUCUCCUUACCUUAGCCCCGCCCCAGUGGUACUUAAGGUCCAACCAUGCGGUCCAGAGCCAGUUCCAGUACAGCACCUGUAAGGAAGAGACAUGUUACGAAUAAAGACUUCUGAUUAAAUGAA